AUGGCGUCCACCAACUUGAAUACGCUGAUGAAGGUGCUGCUCUGCGCCGUGCUCCUCCUGUCCACGACCGUCGUUGUCGCCGCCCGCAGCCACUGCGAGCCUGACUGUCGCCGCCGCUCGGCGGCGGUGGUGAUCACUGGCCGGAGAAUGCUGGGCGGCGCCGCCGCGAGCUCGGCCUCGGCGGCGGAGGCGGUGACGACAGCGGCUGCUGCGGUGAGCGUGCCGCGGCUCACCCGCCCCGCGGCGGCGGCGGCCUACUUCGAGUCGAAGAGGGCGAGCCCCAGCGGGCCCGAUCCUCAGCACCAUUAA